GCGGCCGCAUGGAUGACAACAAAGGGUGUGCGUGUGCACUUCACAAACUACUAAUCUCAUAACGAACUGUUCAUAUCAAGUACAUUAAACAAAACCAAGUUGCGAAUACGACCACAUGGCUGAUGUCUUGCACACGGCUUUUAACGUCUCCAUCUCGAUCGAGUCGAGCUUCCUUCUACCUUCCUCGGUUGGAGUAGGAAUACCUUUCUCUCUCUAACAGUCUAGUACACUAUUAGUACCUCCCAGCAGGCCAAAACGUCACUCUACAAUAACAAAAUCCCAAGGCCUUUUAAAGGAGCAAGCAAGCAAAGACAUUAGGAGGAAGUUGAGAGAGGGAGCAUCACGAGCAGCGAAGCGAAGAAGCGAUCGAGGAUUCCUCCCAGAUGGAGGUGGUGGUGCCUGUCAUGGCGCCAAGCGCACCGUGCAGCCCAAGAACCGCGGCGGCCAUCGCCGGCGGCGACCACCUCCCGGCAUACUGCUACUUCUUCGCCAGCGCACCGACGAGCCCGUCCAGGGCGAGCUACGCCGGGGACGCCUCCGCCACGCCGGGCGGCGGCGACGAGGCGACGUUCGACUUCACGCUCGGGUUCAGCGGGCAGCUGCAGGAGGCCACGCCGAUCCUCGCGGCCGCCGACGAGCUCUUCGAGGGCGGAAGGAUCCGGCCGCUGAACACGCCGCACCCGAGCAUUCUGCUGGUGGACGACGCCUCGAGCUCCUCCUCCUACUCCGCCUCCACCGGCGCCGGGCCUCGGUUCUCCCCGAGAAGAGCCGGCGGCGCGCGCGGCGGGGAUCGUCAAGGGGAGGCGGCGUUGGUGGAGAGAGGCAGGUCGAGUAGCAGGCCCGCCGCCGCCGCUGCCUCGACGACGGCGGCGGCUUCGUCGAGGAGCAGGAGGGCCACGCGUUCUCUGUCCCCGUUCAGGGGCGGCGGCGGUGCCUUGGACGACGACGACUCCCCUUCGUCGCCUCCGUCCCCCCGAACCUCCAUGAUGCGGGGCUGCGGCAGCGGGAGCAAGAAGUGGCGGCUCAAGGACCUGUUCCUCUUCCGGAGCGCGUCGGAGGGCCGCGCCACCGGCGGCGGGAGCAAGGACCCGCUCUUCAAGUACACCAUGCUGUCCUCGUCCUCAUCCUCCACGGCGUUCUCGCACCCGCAGGGCCAGUCCCAGAAGCUGAGGAGCGACGGCAGCGCGUCCAUGCGCAAGGGGAGAGGCUCCACGGCGUCGGCCAGCGACAUGCCGUACGCCAUGAACCGCGCGGCCGCCGAGGACAUGCGGCGCCGGACCACCACCACCACGCCGCUGCCGUUCCACCGCAACAGCCUCUUCGGCUACCUCCGGUCCAACCCGGCGAUCCAUAGCAUCAGCCGGAAGCUCGGGGGCAGCAGCAGCCACUCCGGCUCCUCGUUCUCCAACUCCAAUCGCGGCAGGCCGACAUGAUCCGGCCGUACGCAGCCUCGCAUGCACGCACGCACCGCGCGCCGUCCAGAAAUCUCGACGACGAACGAUGCAGAAAUGGCCGCCGGAGAGAAAGCGUCGUCGCCGGCCGUUUUACCUGUCUCCCCAACUUGUUUUUUUUUUCCUUGUAAUUUUGCUACGUAUUCUUUCGUUUCAUGUGAACCACAAGGUUACAUACUAGCUAUAGUAGCUAGUGUAGAUAUGUACGUACACGGUGGCAGUAUUCCCAAGGAUUUUUUUUUUCUUUUUGGACAAAAAAAUAUCAGUAUAUUUUCCUCUCA